GAGACGUCCUAACAGUUGUCCAUCAAAAGCCCUGCGGGUUCAGCGGGCGUGCCGGGCAGGCCAAGGGACCGGUGACUCCGCCAAGCUUGCAGUGGCUGUCUUAGCUCCUCCGCUCACUCCUCUGCCCGAAAUAACGCGCCCAGUCCUGGGCUGCCGUCCCGAGGAGCCCUGUUGACACGCAGAGCUUUAGCCCUGAACCUAGAAACGCCCAGCACUGAGAGAGGGAACGCGGGCGAGACUUCCCGCGAGCACGGUGCCGGCCCGAACGCAACCUCCUUAGUCCAGAGCUCCUCGUCACACAGGAAAGGAGCCAUUCGACGUUCUUUACUUAACAUUUACACCUGGGUUUCACUUCCCUUCUUCUUUGCAGUUAAGUUUAAAACCCCGUCUAACCCAGAAGAGCUGAAGCGGGACCUCGCCGAACCCACCCCGUCCUCGAGGCCGAAAAUGCUGUGGAGGCUCUACGAGGUUUGAGCUUUGCAGCUCUCCGACUCUCCGUUCCCGGCCUCCAGCGUGGACGCGUUCCCGCGCUUUCUGGCGUGAGGGGGGGGUCAGAGGACGUGCCACCGCGCAGGCGCACGGAGCCGGGGCCGCGGCGGCCAUGGGCGAGGCGUGUGGUGCUGAGGAGGCCUGCCGGCACAUGGGAACUAAAGAAGAAUUUGUUAAAGUCAGAAAGAAGGACCUGGAACGGCUGACAACUGAAGUGAUGCAAAUUCGGGACUUCUUACCCAGAGUACUAAAUGGGGAGGUACUGGAAAGCUUCCAGAAAUUAAAGAUUGUAGAAAAAAACCUGGAAAGGAAAGAGCAAGAACUAGAGCAGCUGAAAAUGGAUUGUGAGCACUUUAAAAACCGCCUGGAAACAGUGCAGGCUGACAGCAUGAGAGAGAAGAAG